CGGCCCACGGAAAGACCCCGGCGAGCCCCGCUCUCGCAAACCCCGCCACCCCCGGCCUCCUCAGCGCCCCGGCGGCGCUCGCCCGCCCGCCCGGCUGGCCCCGUCAGGCGCCUUUUCCCUGCGCUACGGCGGGCGGAGGCGGAGGAAGGACAGGCCCAUGGAAGGGAACCGCGACGAGGCGGAGAAAUGCAUCGAGAUCGCCCGCGAGGCCCUGGAGGCCGGCAACCGGGAGCGGGCGCUGCGCUUCCUCAACAAGGCCCAGAAGCUCUACCCGACCGAGACCGCCAAAGUGUUACUGGAAGCAAUUUCAAAGAACGGGAGUGCUGCCGGGAGUGGUGCUUACUGUCGAAAACCAGCAAGUGGAAGUGAUAAAAACAAACCCAAUAGCAUGAAGGACAACAGUGCAUCUUCUGCAGGUGAAAGUGGGAAGCCCUACACCAAAGAUCAAGUGGAAGGAGUGCAAAGUAUAAAAAAAUGUAAAAAUUACUAUGAAGUCCUUGGAGUGUCCAAAGAAGCAGGUGAAGAAGACUUGAAGAAAGCUUAUCGAAAGCUUGCUCUGAAGUUUCAUCCGGACAAAAAUCAUGCACCAGGAGCAACAGAAGCUUUUAAAAAGAUUGGAAAUGCAUAUGCUGUGUUAAGCAAUCCAGAAAAACGAAAGCAAUAUGACCUCACAGGCAGUGAAGAGCCAUGCAGCCAUCCUGGCAAUGGUAGAUUUAACUUCCACAGGGGAUGUGAAGCAGAUAUUACUCCAGAGGACCUUUUUAACAUGUUCUUCGGCGGAGCAUUUCCAACAGGCAGUGUGCAUUCAUUUUCUAAUGGAAGGUCUGGCUACAGUCACCAUAAUCAACAUCGUCAUAGUGGGCAUGAAAGAGAAGAGGAGAGGGGUGAUGGCGGCUUCUCUAUGUUCAUCCAGCUGAUGCCAAUUAUUGUGCUGAUCCUUGUCUCUUUGCUGAGCCAGUUGAUGGUGUCUAACCCUCCUUACUCCUUAUAUCCAAAAUCGGGUUCAGGACAGACCAUUCAGAUGCAGACACAAAACUUGGGUGUUGCUUAUUAUGUCAACAAGGACUUUAAAAAUGAAUAUAAAGGUGCAAAUUUGCAGAAGGUGGAAAAGAGUGUGGAAGAGGACUAUGUGUCCAAUAUUCGAAAUAACUGUUGGAAAGAGAGGCAACAAAAAACAGAUUUACUGUAUGCAGCAAAAGUGUACAGAGACGAACGUCUUCGAAGGAAAGCAGAAGCCAUCUCCAUGGACAACUGCAGAGAGUUAGAACGAUUGACCAGUAUCUAUCGGGGAGAAUGAGCUAGAUCCUGAAAUGUACUGCCUGUACAUGCGCUCUCUAUGUAUAAAAAGAAAAAUCUGUAAACUGAGAAAAUACUAUUCCAUCAUGAAAAGGAAGAGGGAUGUAAAACUGCUGUCUAGCUGUUUCCAAAAACCUUAUCCUGAAGUACCAAUAUAAUUUAAUAGCCUCUUAGUCUGAAAUAUAUGACAAGCUCAUAUAUUUACAUCAUUGAAUUGUCAUUUAAGUUUUACUCCCAGAGCUUCUGUGAUUUUUUUUUCCUACAAGAAGCAGCUCCAAUGUGCUGCUACGCUUGUGGAGAUGUAGACAUAGUGGUUCUUCUUCUGAAAUACUUGCCAUGUAAAUAUGUGUGGAAAAGAAGACUCGUGUAUAUAAAAAUGUUUAAAGAAAUCUCAAAGGCAUUUAGAUGCAUUAAACCCUUUAAUCUCAUGGAUGGAACAAA